GUCGACCGGGUACCAGUCUACUAUACGAUGACUCAAUGAACAUCAAAAGGUGAAAGUAUACAUGGGCUGGAAUCAGCAAAGUAAUGAAUCAGCGAUGGAGGAAGGCACCUUCGUACGAGCCGUGUAUGACUUCGUCACGGCCGAGAUCGGCGAGCUACAGCUGUUUGCGGGCGACGUCGUACGACUCGCGGGCCGCCGCGACAAGAACUGGCUCCUCGGCGAGCUGGACGGCGCGUACGGAGCCUUCCCCGCCGCGUUUGUGCUCCCGCUGCCGAUCCCGACGCUCUCCCCCGGAGAGGUCCUCCUCGCCGCCACCGAGUCGUUCUGCGGCGAGCGACUGGGCGACCUCGACUUUAACCGCGGCGACGUCGUCGUGGCGACCCGCGCCGUCGACGCCGGCUGGCAGCACGGGCGAUGCGGCGGCCGCGAGGGCGUGUUCCCAGCGAACCACGUGAAGGAGGUCGCGCGCGGGCCCCCGGCGGGGUCGGAGGUCGCGCGCGGGCCCCCGGUGAAGCGAGCGCGCGCCAUCAUGGACCUCGUACCGAUGCUGGAAGAGGAGCUGGGGUUCCUGAAGGGCGACGUCAUCGACGUGACCGGCGAGAACGAGGACGGCUGGCUGCGCGGCAGCGUCAACGGCCACGCCGGCGUCUUCCCGCCCGCGUUCGAGCGCGUGGGUGGCGUCGAUGCGCCGCGCGGAUACGCGGACGUCGCCCCUGCCUCUUCCGGUCGCUACGGCGACGACGCGUCAUACGGAUACGCAGACGUUACUCCCGCCUCGUCCGGUCGCUACGGCGAUGACGCGACGCCUCACGGAUACUUCCCCGGUCGCGACACAGAGGAUGCAGUCGCGCAGCCAGCGCACGGCGGCGGCGGCUACGCUGGGCUGACGCCGUACGCGCGCGCGCUGUUUGCGUUCACGCCGGCGCAGAGCGACGAGCUGGCGCUGGAGGCCGGCGAGAUCGUGAUGCUGCGUGGCUACGUGAGCGCCACCUGGAUGCGCGGUGAGGUCGACGGAUGCGUCGGCAUCUUCCCGGCCGAGUUCGUUGAGGUCGUCGUCGACUGUCCGCACGACGACGACGAGGAGACGACCCCCGCGAACUUCCGCGGCGAGGACGCGACACCCGCAAACGUCCACGGUGGGGAGACGACCCCUGCAACCUUUCUCGAUAAAGAUACGACCCCCGCAACGUUUCGCGAUGAGGCGAGGACCCCCGUGACCUUUCACGGCGAGCAGACGACCCCCACUGCUGAGGUCGUGACCCCGGGGAGCGACUACCAGACGCCGGGUCGCGUGCGGGAGUUCCCUCGUGCGACGUACGCGCGUGUGCUCUACGACUUCGCCGGCGAGCUCGACGGUGACCUGUCGGUGGCGCCGGCGAAGCCUCGACGCCACUUUGACUUUGAUCGGCGGCUGACGACGACGACGGACAUCAAUUCGCUGAUGACGCGCAACCUGACCUCGCUUGAGGUCACGACGAAAUACGCGACGGCUGGGCGGAGGACCGACGGCCGGCCGUGCGUCGCCACCGUGGUGCGCUCCAACACGCUGCCGACGCCCCGGACGACGGCGCCCCCUGGGGAGGCGAGACCUGCGUAUACGCACCUUGACUGGCUGGAUUACGGAGGCGUCGGGGACGGGUCGAUGUUUGACGCGAAGAAUCAGGGCGGCGUCGUCGGCAAGCCCGCCCUGCCUCCGCCCCGCCCUCCCCGCCCUCGCUUGUCGUUAGAGAGGGAGCCGGCCGUACCUCCCCGGCCUUCUCCUCGGAAGCUCUCACGCGGCCCUACCGAAGCGCCACCUACGCAGACGAGUGCUGCUGGUGGCGCCACCUGGUACUACCACGCGGACGAGCUGGAGCCGCCCGUGCCGACUCGUCGCACCUCGACGGAGAGAACACCGGCGCCACCUGUGUGCGUGCCAUCGCGUCCGCCGCCGCCACGACACCAGCAGAAAGCAACGGGUAAGUGCUAG